AUGAGUGCGCUGGUUUCAGAGAAGAAAGUUAUCGAGGGAGAAGCUGAUCACGGAAGUGGGACAACACGCUCUGGCAAUCAGAAGCCUGAGGUAGACGUCUUCGUGGACGCCGAUGAUCACCAAAUUCGUUACAAAACCCUGAGUUGGCAGUUUGUUGGUAUAUUGAUGAUAGCGGAGACUGUUAGCAAUGGAAUGCUCUCGCUCCCACAAGCAGUAGCUGUUGUGGGACUCGUACCUUCUAUCAUCUUGACGGUGUUUCUGGGAAUGUUCGGUCUUUUCACGGCUAAACUGCUGAUUGACUUCAAGCUAAACCAUCCCAAUGUACACAACAUGGGAGAUGCGGGGUACAUCAUGUUUGGACCUGUGGGUAGAGAGAUUCUUUCUGCUGGAACUGUCAUCUUCGCUAUUUGUGCCACAGGCAGUGAACUAUUGACCGGCCAACAAGCACUCUCAGUCCUCUCGAAUCAAGGACUAUGCACCGUCGACUUCGUAGUCAUCAUCUCAGCUGCGACAUUCAUUUUUGCCUUACCGCGCACUCUGCAUGGGUUGAACUUCUUCGCAUUCGCCAGUUGCGCCUCGAUCACUCUCGCUGGCGUCUUGGCCAUGAUCGGCGCAGGUCGUAACCCGACUCCAGGGCGUGUCAUCGACGUGACGGUCAAGUCAAGUUUUUUUGAAGCAUUUCUAGCUAUCACGGGUCCAGUUUUUGCUUACGCAGGUCAUUUCAUGUUCUUCAUCCUGAUCUCAGAGAUGCGGCACCCGGAGGAAGCUAUGAAGUCUGCCUGGAUGCUUCAAGGCUUCUCCACAAUCUUCUACGUCAUCUUCAGCACUGUCAUCUACGUAUACAUAGGGAGCACCGUCCAAUCCCCAGCCCUUCUCUCCCUACCUCCAGUUUGGUCGAAAAUCACCUUCGGCAUCGCCCUUUUGAGCUUUCUUAUGCAAGUAUCAACUGGGGCUCUCUGCUCCCACACUGCUGCCAAACUGGUUUUCGUCCGUUUUUUUCGUCACUCUCGACACGUCUAUACCCAUACGUUUCUCGGAUGGUCAGUCUGGGCCUUCCUCUGUUUCAUCAUGACCGCCACCUCCUGCCUCCUUGCCAUCGCUAUUCCCGUCUUCUCGGACCUCGUCGGAAUCACGGCUGCUCUGUUCGCAUCCUGGUACACCUACGGAUUGGCUGGCUUUUUCUGGCUGCAUGAUGAACGGUAUCUUAGGGGAGGGUUGGGGAGGAGGAAAGGUUUGCUGGUUAUUGCAAUAUUGACGAUCAUUGCGGGAGGCUUUAUGUGUGUGGCGGGGACGUAUGUGAGCGUGAAGGCGAGUCUCAGUCUGCAGUGCUUUGAUCAUCUGGUUUCUCUAGUGGCUGAAGCUAACUGUGCGUUACAGUUGAUCGUGGAUGCAUACAAGAGUGGGACUGUUGGCAAGCCUUUUACUUGUUGA